AUGCACUGUAAUUUUUCUGCUCCUUCGAUAUUUGCCAGUGAAAAAGCACGUUAUUUACAAAGCAGUAGUAGCAGCAUUGGCACCGGCUUCUCGGCAGAUCUGAUCGGAAAAAAGUCUGUGCCGGCCACAGCUCCCCUAUUGACCACCGAACGAACGCGAAUUCGUUCAAGACGUAAACCGCAAGAUGAGCUGAAUAGAUUUCAUCGAGAAUUGACGCUUUCGGAAAAGGAAUCGCUGCAGCGGGAUGAUCCGGAAAAAAAUUUGCGAUCAAACAUUGGCACCGGCUUCUCGGCAGAUCUGAUCGGAAAAAAAUCUGUGCCGGCCACAGCUCCCCUAUUGACCACCGAACGAACGCGAAUUCGUUCAAGACGUAAGCCGCAAGAUGAGCUGAAUAGAUUUCAUCGAGAAUUGACGCUUUCGGAAAAGGAAUCGCUGCAGCGGGAUGAUCCGGAGAAAAAUUUGCGAUCAAACCGAUAUUAUUAUGACGGGAAACCAGGACGACCAAUGGUAGUUAUGGAUAAUGUUGAUGAUAUUAUUUAUGGUCCCAUUAAUUUGGACGAGAAAAACUUUAUGGAGGGAAGUUUCGAGGAUGACGAAGUGGUCUAUACGGAUGCGGAAGGAGUAGUUGGUGAAGCUGGUGGAAGCGGAGCUGAAGUGGAUGCGGAAAUGCAAAAUCAACCGAAAUUGCAACAGCAAGGUAAAAACAUUCUUUUCUUCGUUACUUUUUCUUGCUUUAUUCCUCUGUUCCGUCUUUUUUGUUUUGUUCCACUCAAAAAAUCUUACAAUUGGAUAUGGAACCGACAACCUCUUCUACAAGAUUUUACAUCAACUUUGCUUCAUACUUACACACUUAACUUUUUACUUUACCUCUACUGGUUUCAAUAA